AUGCUCUCUGAGGGAUACCUUUGCAAAAUUCAGUCAUGGUGUGAAUAUGGCAUGGCAAAGCUGCAUUCGGAGGAGGUGACGGUGACUAGAGAAAGAAAAGAACUGGCUGGGGUGUGCACUCUUAAUUAUACAUUUGCAUAUGAGACAGGCAGCAGAAGGGUCUUCAAGAGAUAUGGGUCUGUUGAACGAACAGCUUCAGAAACACAAGGGAAAAAUCCUGUGCAAAGCGCCAUGGAGCCACGGUUCUUACAAGAAAUGGAAAACCCUGUAUAUGAAACUGAUAAAUCAUUUCCUGCAAGUGUAAGUGCAAACUCACAGUCUAAUAAAGAGACAUAUCUGGUGCCAUCAUCCUGUAAAAAUAUCUGUAGAGAUUAUAGUGAUUUGCAUGUAGCUGGGGAUCAGGUCAUGGCUAUAAACUCAGUAAUGACUGAAUUCACUUGUGAGCCCAGCUUUGAAUUUGGUGAAGGACCAUUUCUUCAAUCUUCUCAGAUUCCCCCAGCUAUGGAUUCUCUAAGUGUAGCAGCAAAUGAUUUGCCUAGGAAGCCUUCUAAGCGUGAGUCCUCCUGCUGGAAGGCGGUCAGCAUUAAAGACAAAAGCAUCAUGAACCAAGAGCAACCCUUGUCGAAUUCCAUACUGAAUGAAUAUUUGGAAAGAAAAGUCAUUGAACUCUACAAACAGUACAUGAUGGACAUGAGCUGCAGUAAAUCUCCUACUGAUAUUAUGGCCUCAGAGCUCAUCAUGAACAAUGUGCAGCAGAUCAGUAUGCAGCUGUCACGAGAACAAAAUAUGGAAACCAACAAAGCUAAGGACAUGGUCAUCAGUUUUCUGCUCAGGCUUGCAAGUGAAAAACAAUCUAAUUGUAUCAGUACUCCUGAUCUUCAGAUAUCAUCCAAUUUAGAAUAA